GUCACGCGCGGGGAGGCGGAGCCGCCUUAAAGGGACCAUGACCCCGCGGGGGCCGCCCAGGCCGGAGCGGGACGCGGGGCGGCGACCGGCGGCCGGUUUUUGCAUGGGCGGCCAUGGGGCAGCGCGGGUCGGAGCCGCAGGAGGACGCCGAGGAUGUGUCCCCGACGGCUGAGGAGCAGCUGCCCACGGGCGCGGUGCUGGGGACCGUGCUCAUCCUCGGCCUCGUCAUCGUCACCGUCGCCGCCGCCAUCGUCAUCCUGGUCCGCCGGCUGCGCCUUAAGAAAAUCCCGGCUCAGGGGACACCCAAAUAUCGCUUCCGAAAAAGGGACAAGAUGCUUUUCUACGGCCGCAAGAUCAUGCGCAAGGUGUCCCAGUCGACGUCCUCGCUGGUGGACACCACCAUCUCCAGCACCUCGCGCCCGCGCAUGAAGAAGAAGCUGAAGAUGCUCAACAUCGCCAAAAAGAUCCUGCGCAUCCCCAAGGAGGUGCCGACGCUGCAGCUGAAGGAGCCGCCGCCAUCGGUGCUGGAGGCCGAUCUGACCGAGUUCGACGUGGCCAAUUCCCACCUGCCCUCCGAGGUGCUGUACAUGCUCAAGAACGUGAGGGUGCUGGGUCACUUUGAGAAGCCGCUGUUCCUGGAGCUCUGCCGUCACAUGGUGUCCCUCCAGUGCCACCAAGGUGACUACGUGUUCCGGCCCGGCCAGCCCGACACCAGCAUCUACGUCCUGCAGGACGGCAAGUUGGAGCUGUUCCUCACCGAGCCGGACGGGCAGGAGACGGUGAUGAAGGAGGUGUUCCCCGGGGACAGCGUGCACAGCCUGCUCAGCAUCCUCGAUGUCAUCACGGGCCACCAGCGGCCAUACCGCACGGUGUGUGCCCGCGCGGCCGAGGACUCCACGGUGCUACGGCUGCCGGUCGAGGCUUUUUCAGCCGUGUUCGAGAAGUACCCGGAGAGCCUUGUGCGGGUGGUACAGAUCAUCAUGGUGCGUCUGCAGCGCGUCACCUUCUUGGCAUUGCACAAUUAUUUGGGGUUGACCAACGAGCUCUUCAGCCACGACAUGCAGCCGCUGCGGUUGUUCCCCCAGCCCGGCCACGCCGCCCGCACCAGCCCCGUGCGCCACGGCAAGCGGGGGCUCGGGGGGGCCGAGGAGCCAGGGGACACGCUGAAAAGCGGGGCGCUGGAGACGCCCCCCCCGGCGCCACAGCUGAGCCGCUGCAUCUCCAUGCCUGUGGACAUCUCCGGCAUCCAGAGGGGCCCCCGCUCCGACUUCGACAUGGCGUACGAGCGCGGGCGCAUCUCCGUGUCGCUGCAGGAGGACGGCGCCGCCGCCGCCAUGGCCGCCUUCGCGCGGUCCGUGUCCCACGAGCCCAAGGAGCGCAGGUCGGGGCCGGCGGAGGAGCAACCGUCGGGCGUCCACCAUUCCAGUGAGGACGAGCUGGCCGGCGGGGACUGUCCCUUCGGGCCCUACCAGGGCCGCCAGCCCGGCGCCAUCUUCGAGGCGGCCAAGCGGGAGCUGGUCAAGCUGAUGAAGGUGGAGGACCCAUCUCUCCUCAACAACCGUGUCUUGCUCCAUCACGCCAAAGCCGGGACGGUCAUCGCCCGUCAAGGGGACCAGGACGUGAGCCUCCACUUUGUGCUCUGGGGCUGCCUCCACGUCUACCAACGCAUGAUCGACAAGGCCGAGGACGUCUGCCUGUUCCUGACGCAGCCCGGCGAGAUGGUGGGACAGCUCGCCGUGCUCACCGGAGAGCCCCUCAUCUUCACCAUCAAAGCCAACCGCGACUGCACCUUCCUCAAGAUCUCCAAGUCGGAUUUCUAUGAGAUCAUGCGGGAGCAGCCCAGCGUGGUGCUGAGUGUCGCCCACACCGUGGCCGCCCGCAUGUCGCCGUUCGUGCGCCAAAUGGACUUCGCCAUCGACUGGAUGGCGGUGGAAGCCGGGCGGGCACUCUACAGGCAGGGUGACAAGUCGGACUGCACCUACAUCGCGCUCAACGGGCGCCUCCGCUCCGUCAUCCAGAAGGGCAGCGGCAAGAAGGAGCUGAUUGGGGAGUACGGCCGCGGGGACCUCAUCGGCGUGGUGGAGGCGUUGACUCGGCAGCCUCGGGCCACCACGGUCCACGCGGUUCGGGACACCGAGUUGGCCAAGCUGCCCGAGGGCACCUUGAACAACAUCAAGCGCCGAUACCCCCAGGUUGUCACCCGCCUCAUCCACCUCCUGAGCCAGAAGAUCUUGGGAAACCUUCAGCAGCUCCGUGGCCCCUUCGCAAGCUCUGGCUUGGGUAUGGCCUCCAGCUCGGAGCCCACCAACCCCACCAGCAACCUGUCCACGGUGGCGGUGCUGCCGGUGUGCGACGACGUCCCCACGGCCGCCUUCACGCUGGAGCUCAAGCACGCGCUCAAUGCCAUCGGUCCCACGCUGCUCCUCACCAGCGACAUCAUCCGCGCCCGUCUUGGCUCCUCGGCCCUGGACAGCAUCCACGAGUACCGGCUGUCGGGGUGGCUGGCGCAGCAGGAGGACAUCCACCGCAUCGUCCUCUACCAAACCGACUGCACCCUCACACCGUGGACCGUGCGCUGCAUCCGCCAAGCCGACUGCAUCCUCAUCGUGGGCUUGGGCGACCAAGAACCGGCGUUGGGAGAGCUGGAGCAGAUGUUGGAGAACACGGCGGUGCGGGCGCUGAAGCAGCUGGUUCUCCUGCACCGCGAGGAUGGGCCCAGCCCGUCCCGCACCGUCGAGUGGCUCAACAUGCGCAGCUGGUGCUCGGGCCACCUCCACAUCAAGUGUCCCCGGCGCGUCUUCUCCCGCCGCAGCCCCACCAAACUGCGGGAGAUGUACGAGAAGGUGUUUGAGAAGAACGCCGACCGGCACAGCGACUUCUCCCGCUUGGCGCGCGUCCUCACCGGCAACACCAUCGCCCUGGUCCUGGGGGGCGGCGGAGCCAGGGGCUGCUCCCACAUCGGGGUGAUCAAGGCGAUGGAGGAGUCGGGGAUCCCCAUCGACAUGGUGGGCGGCACGUCCAUCGGCGCCUUCAUCGGCGCGCUCUACGCCGAGGAGCGCAGCGCCGUGCGCACCAAGCAGCGGGCGCGCGAGUGGGCCAAGUGCAUGAACUCGGUGUUCGAGACCGUCCUGGACCUCACCUACCCCAUCACCUCCAUGUUCUCGGGCUCAGCCUUCAACACCAGCAUCAACAAGGUUUUCCAGGACAAGCAGAUUGAGGACCUAUGGCUGCCCUACUUCAACGUCACCACCGACAUCACGGCCUCAGCCAUGCGGGUGCACACGGAUGGCAGCCUUUGGCGCUACGUCCGAGCCAGCGCUUCUUACACCCCCUACCUGCCACCGCUCUGCGACCCCAAGGACAGCCACUUGCUGGUGGAUGGCUGCUAUGUUAACAAUGUCCCAGGCUCGCUCUGGCGGUACGUGCGAGCCAGCAUGACCCUUUCUGGGUACCUACCGCCACUCUGCGACCCCAAGGACGGCAACUUGCUGAUGGAUGGGGGUUACAUCAACAACCCCGCAGCCGACAUCGCCCGCAACAUGGGCGCCAAGACGGUGAUCGCCAUCGACGUGGGCAGCCAGGAUGAGACCGACCUCUGCAACUAUGGGGACAGCCUGUCCGGCUGGUGGCUCCUCUGGAAACGGCUCAACCCCUGGGCUGAGAAAGUCAAGGUGCCCGACAUGGCGGAGAUCCAGUCCCGCUUGGCCUACGUGUCCUGCGUGCGGCAGCUGGAGGUGGUCAAGUCCAGCUCCUACUGCGAGUACAUCCGCCCGCCCAUCGACCGCUUCAAGACCAUGGAUUUCGGCAAGUUCGACGAGAUCUACGACGUGGGCUACGGGCACGGCAAAGUGGUGUUCGAGGGCUGGAGCCGCGGGGACGUCAUCGAGCAGAUGGUGAAGGACCGGCGCUCGGCCGACUUCUACGAGAGCAAGCGCAUGGACGUGCUGACGUGUCCCAGCGCCGGUUUCACCGAUUUGGCCGAGAUCGUCUCCCGCAUCGAACCCGCCAAACCCCCCCUGUCCGACGGUUACGCCGACGAGGAAUCCGACUACCUGACCGAAUACGAGGACGAGGGGCCCGAUCCGGCGCGGGGGGAGGACGACGCCUGCGCCCCCCCAGAGUGGGCCAGCGCCCCCGAGGCCGAGGAGGAGCAGACCCUUCGGCACCGCCCGGCCCGGGACCCCCCCGGCCCCCCCACCUGAACCCCAAACCCUCCAGGAGCCACCUCUACCUCCCUCAGGUGUCCCCACGUCCCCCCCCCCGGCACCGGCCCUUGGCCCCACUUGUCCCCAAGCUGGGGGGAUACGGGGGGGGGGGCUCCAGGGACCCCCAUUUACCCCCCCGCACUGUUGCACUGGCCCAAUUCCCCCCCCCAAGACCCUGCGGGGUGGGGAGGGGACGAGACUGCUGUAAAUGGUCCUUUUUUUUUAAUUAUUAUUAUUAUUUAAAACAAA